AUACUGCCAUACCACGGCGCCACUUUUCCCGGGCUAGAGGAGCCAGAGGAGCUUCAGCCAUGGCGUGAGCCGUGAGCUUUCGUCUGUGGAGAAUGCGUACCCCGCCGCGGGGCCGCCGCUAGGCCCCCGGGGGAGAACACGGGUGCGAUGGAUGUGGUGCCGUCUACCAGUGCGGAUGCCGCAUCCACGUCUGCUCCUGCUCGGCGACGGGGUAGGCCACGUAAGACUGAAGCCGAGAAGGCGAAGACGAAGGCUAGACGUGCAGAGGCGAUGCGCCACAAACGAGCUGAGGAUUCCGAAUAUCGUGCCAGGGAGGCAGAGGCCAAGCGGCGCAGGCGCCGCCGCCUGGCUGAACAGGCUAGACGUGCUGCUAAUCGAACGUCUGAGACUGAAGACCAGCGACGCGAGCGGAGACGCCAAGCUCAACAGGCCAGGCGAGCUGCUGAACAAACGAACACAUGUGCGAUGGAUGCGGUGCCGUCUACCAGUGCGGUGCGCUCUUCUGAGUCGUCGUCUGCUACGAGUGCAGAUGCCGCAUCUACCUCUGCUCCUGCUCGGCGGCGGGGUCGGCCACCUAAGACUGAAGCCGAGAGGGCAAAGACGAAGGCUAGGCGUGCAGAGGCGAUGCGCCGCAAGCGGGCUGAGGAUUCGGAAUAUCGUGCGAGGGAGGCAGAGGCCAGGCGGCACAAGCGCCAUCGCCUGGCUGAACAGGCUAGACGUGCUGCUGAACGAACUUCUGAUCAGCGACCUGAACAAAAACGUGAAGCGCAAAAGGCCAGGCGAGCAGCUCAAGGUGAAGCCAAGGGUAAUCAAAAUGUAUUUAAAUUUGCGAGGCAAAACUAA